AUGGAUGUCAACAUACAAUCGCUAGACUAUGAUGUUACAUUAGCUGUUUGUGACACAACAGCUGGACAUGUGAUAAAAAAAAUGUUGGAUGACUUCCCUACAGCCAUAGAGACUAAAACAUGUUCAAACGAAACAUGUAUAAGAACAAAAAAUAUUCAAAAUAAUAAUAUCAUGUUUCUUACUUAUCAAGUCAACAGCAGUAAACUAUUUGAAGGACUUCAAACAUAUUUAGACAAUAGAAUUAUAUCAGAUUAUUCAAAAUGCAUUGAAAACUGUAAUUCAGUAAUAUCAACUAAUCUAUCGGACAUGCAUUUGUUCAUUGACAUUUUAGUUUGGGAAAAGGACGAUUUAAAUAUGAGUCGACAACAUAGUACAGAAGCUGCAAAGAUUGUACAGAUCAGACUAUGUGACAUUCCACAAGUAUUAUGCAAUGUAAAUCGAACAUUUGAGCUUAGAGGUGUCAUAAGUUUUAUACCUGGAAAAAGUAAAUUAAGAAACUCAGUUGGACACUACAAAUCAUACGUGAAGAGAGGGGCAUCAAAUAAUUGGGAAAUAUUUGAUGAUCUCAGAAAAAAACCCAUUCCCGUAAAAAGCACAACAAAAGUCAAUUGUGAAUUUUUAUUUUAUACAAUUUAA